AUGCAUAGGGGUCAUCACGGUAAUGGAGAGGCUUCUGGCUCCUGUAAGGCUGGUGAUUCGGAUCGGAGUUUUGAACCAUCAACACUUCGAAACAUAUUGAAACUUGUUGCAUACUUUUUACUCAUAAUCAGUCGGAUGAUGGCUAGUUUUGUCUUCAGCAUUCUAAUUACAGCAUCGCUAGUCACUAGAAGCGAGUUUUAUAAUACACGUGAUGCUGAAAUAGAUAGACUCUUGAAAAAACUCAAUAAACCAGCUUUGAGAUCAAUCAAGAGUCCAGAUGGAGAUAUUAUCGACUGUGUUCAUAUGAAGAAUCACCCAAUUUAUGACCAUCCAUUAUUCAAAAACCACACCAUUCAGAUGAGACCAAGUUCUUACCCAAAACGAUUGAAUAAUGAAUCUUUUGACCCUGAAAAACAUAAUACGAUAACUCAACUCUGGACAAUCAAUGGAAAAUGUCCAAAAAACAGCAUUCCAAUCAGAAGAACGAAAAGAGAAGAUAUUCUACGGGCAGAUUCGAUCGAAAGAUACGGGCAAAAGGAUCCUAACAACUUCCCUCAACCUAAUCCAACCUAUUCAACUAAUGACAAUUCCUCGCAUGAGUAUGCCCAAGUUAUUGUGAGAGGAAAUUUUCAUGGAGCCAAAGCGCUUAUAAACGUAUGGAAGCCUCAUGCACAGCCAAGGGAAUUUAGUCUAGCACAAAUAUGGGUUGUGGCUCGUUCGUCUAAUGAUACUAAACAUAACAGUAUUGAAGUUGGUUGGCAGGUAUACGAGAGUAAAUAUGGUGAUGACAACCCUAGAUACUUUAUUUACUGGACGGCUGAUGGGUAUAACAGGACAGGCUGCUACAAUUUAGAGUGUUCAGGUUUUGUUCCUGUUAAUCAACACUUUGCCAUAGGUGCGGCUGUUCGGGCUGUUUCCACCUUGGGUGGUCGACAAGAAAUGUUUCCUGCAACUAUAUGGAAGGAUCCCCAUUCAGGGCACUGGUGGUUGAAAUUUAGUACCCAUCUAAUUAUCGGGUAUUGGCCUUCCUCAUUGUUCAAUCAUCUACAAAAUGGUGCGAACGAAAUUCAGUGGGGAGGUGAAAUAAUAAAUCGUAAGGAUAGCUCACAACACACAACGACUCAAAUGGGGAGUGGGAAUUUCGCACAAGAAGGAUAUAAAAAAGCUAGCUAUUUCAGAAAUCUUGAGAUAGUUGAUGAAAAUGAAAUUACCAGACAACAUUUCGGAACAGGUUCUAUUCACAUGACGAAAGAGAGUUGUUACAAUAUCAUACCUGGCACUCAUCAGGUUUGGGGACAUUUCUUUUUUUAUGGUGGUCCUGGUCGAAAUCCUAAUUGUAUAUGA